CUCCCUCGGCCUCGGCCUCAGCCUCGGCCCCAAAAAUAAUAUAUAUAUAUAUAUAUUCGGUUAUUUAUAAAAUCCCAAUCCGGAAAAAUCAGCAAUGAGACGAAAGCUGGUAGCUUUCUUCCUUCCUCUCUAUUGACUUCCGCUUCUGAAUCCGACCGGUACCGAGCUUUCGGGGAGUCCGAGGUCUGAAAGGGGUUGCAGCUGUUUCUGGGUCUCUGUCUUCUGGGGAAGAGGAGGGAGGAGGAAGAAGAUGUGGGGCUUCGGGGGUAGGUACUAUUGGGGAAGGAGGGUUGGGGACAGGGAGAAGGCUGAAGGGGUGGUGGUGGUGUUCGCAUGGAUGUCCAGUCAGGAGAGGCACUUGAAGAGCUACGUUCAGCUCUACGGCUCUCUGGGGUGGAAUUCCCUCGUCUGCCACUCGCAAUUCCUCAACAUGUUCUUUCCUGAUAAGGCUGAAGCUCUUGCAGUACAAGUCCUCAGUGCACUUAUUGAGGAGGUAAAGGUUCGGCCAUUUCCAGUAGUUUUUGCUUCGUUUUCUGGUGGGCCCAAAGCUUGCAUGUACAAAAUUAUUCAGAUAUUAGAGGGACAAUGUGAAACUCAGCUGAGUCCGGACAAUGUCCGAUUGGUCAGAGAUUGUAUGUCGGGAUAUAUUUUUGACUCUGGCCCAACCGAUUUUACGAGUGAUCUUGGGGCUCGUUUCGUGGUACACCCAUCUGUUCUUAAGAUGUCCAGGCCACCAAGACUAGCUUCAUGGGUCGCCAAUGGAAUUGCCUCGGGUUUGGAUGCCCUUUUCCUCAGCAGGUUUGAGUCGCAGCGGGCAGAAUAUUGGCAAACCUUAUAUUCUUCUAUCGGAGUGGGGGCACCGUAUUUAAUCUUGUGUUCAGAAACCGACGACCUUGCUCCAUAUCAAAUUAUUUCUAAUUUUGCUCGACGGCUUCAAGAUCUUGGAGCCGAUGUUAAAAUGAUCACCUGGAGUGGAUCUCCUCAUGUAGGUCAUUACAGGCAUUACCCAGUUGAUUACAAAGCUGCAGCGACUGAGCUCCUUGGUAAGGCAGCGGCUAUCUAUAGCCAGAGACACAACCGUGUCGAACAAGAAAAAAUGGGCUUUGAGGGAGGGCGAGACGUAAUCCCUGACCCAAUCUUCAACCUUGGUAAAGCCGCCACAGGCCUCAGUCAGGGUUCCCAUGGGCUGACACUCGCGCUGAGUGACCAGUUUCUUGUUCCGACCUCAGUUGUGUCGUAUGAUGGGGGUAGUAGGAAUUUUGGGUCAGUGCAGGACAACCACCAAGAGGAUAUGAUCCACUUGCCUGCACGACCAAGUAUUAAUGCCCACGGGGUUUUAGGCCAGAUCCUCUUCGAUGUCUGUGUCCCGAAGGACGUGGAGGACUGGGACAUAAAGCAGUCGUACUACUCAAAUCGACGUCCUUUUGCCUCCUCUAGGAGGCACGCUCCGUUCAACCCAAUAAAGUGCAUACUUCGGUCGAGAUUAUAGAGCUGGCUUACAAGUCCCCGGCAAUGUUAUCUUCCAGUUGGGUUGUUCUUUAGCGUGGCAGCCCCUUGUUAAAGGGAAGAUUCUGGCAUUCGAAGCGGUCGGAAAAGAUUCAUCCAGACCAGAGCGUUUAUAACUGUCCAUACAUCAAUUAGCCUAAGGGAAGUAUCUUCUGGAGAAGGUUCGUUCCGGGUGGGAGUUUGAGUCCCGGAACACUGUUCAAAUAUUUAUUCGUUGGGGUUGAACAAGGAAACCGCGAAUAUGGGAUAGCUGGUUGAUGUUCUGUUUCAUCACCACAGGAAAAUGUACAGUAACCGCAACUUACUGGAAAUGCUGAUCUUUUUGUGAGUUGUAUGUAAGGAUAAAUCUUCUUGUGAAAUAAGAGCAGUCCAAUGAUCUUGCCACUCA